AUGGCUGCUAACGACAGUGAACCAUCGUCAGGCUUUUUCACGUACACAUCAUCUUACGCGCCGCUGUCUACGGUAUCAGCGGCCACGCCCACGUCGAGCAUCCCAACGACGAGCACGAUUCCAGCAUCUGGCACAGCAUUUACUGGGCAACAACCCAACGAUGACUACUCAUCCGGGCUAUCGAGUAGUGCAAAGAAGGUAGUCAUUUGCACUACAACUAUCGGAGGCACUCUCAUCCUGGCACUCCUUAUGUUUGCCAUGUGGCGCAAACGUAGAGGUGCAUCAUACUCUGAGAUAGUUCGCUUCCGACCACAAUCGAAUCCUGACAUGACUGGGCCCUGCUCACUAAGUGAAAGCCUGACAGCGUUGCCCAUUUACCGCUCAGAGCGCUUUUCGGUGAGAUCUUCGAGACAUUUAUUGGCCGGUGCUCCCAAGCCUCCGAGAAAGAGAGCUUCGAACGGGUCAUCACUGGCGAAGGAUCUCUGUCCACAAACACCAGAACCUCUCGUACCUUCCAGGCCACAUACAUCAAGAUCGGGCAAAGCUCUCCGCCCCAAAGGCUCGCGAACAUUCCUGAACGCUACGCCACCACGGCCGUCCUUGAAUGAGCCAGAAAAAGCGCUCACAGCUCAUCGCCCGAGCGAAGAACUGCCCGUCAUGGGCCACUUCAUACACUCCAAGACGUCUUAUCACAACAUGAAGCAGGAGCGUCCGUCAACCGCGCCCAACCAACACCCUAACCUCCACCUUGAAGCACCCGACGCAGCUGAUCGCUGGAGCUGGACCAAUUCGCAAGCACCUCCGACACCUCGAAUCAUUCCACCAGGCCGGCUCUCAUUCUCAGCGCGGAGCAUUCGCUCCAUCUCAUCAUGGGUCACAGCCGGCAGCAAGAAGAAGGACGACGAGCCGAAAACGCCUUCACCACUACGACCAAAAUCCAAACGACAAAGAUCGCGGCAGGAACUGCUCAAGAAUCAUGCAGUGCAGCCAAUUCUAGCGCCGCCGCUAGCUAGGAACAGGCUGUCGAAACAUCAAGGUGGAGGUAUACAUCGAUGA